UAGCACGAGGCUAGUCCACGCUGGCGAGAACAGACGAGAACUUUUCAUCGGAAGUCGAUCCGUGUGCCCUUUGGUGGCAGUAAGACUGUUACAGGACGACAAAGUUCAUUGUGGUAUGUCAGUAAAAUACUGGUGUGAUAACAUAUAACUCGAAAAAGACGAAAUUCAGCAUGGAUACGCACACCCGACUGGUAUGGUGCAUGCUGGUGUGUGUGUUUCUAACAUCAGUCCUCGCCGCUGAUACCGUCGCCAAAGACACAGACGAUAACCAAACAGUAGAUGAUGUCAUUGAUUUGGACGAUUCCACCGCCACAGGAAAUGAGUCGCUUCUAGAGGCAGCAGACGGAAAAAUCAUCUUCGAAACAUACCCAACAAAGCUGGUAGAAUCUUCACGUGAUAUUAUCAGCGAUGACGUCGAUGGAUUUAUUGGUUCCGGUUCCGGUUUUGAAGAAGAACAGAGCAAUGUCACGGAAGUGGAAACUUUCACGUCUCUGAAAACAUCAGGUCCAACGGACACUACCCCAUAUGUGACGUCAGCCCCUGUCACUGAGGAACGUGACGACGAUGACGUGGAGGCGUCGGCCAACACGGAGAUUGUAACCAUGAGAGACGAUAGCGUCACCGAGGAACCAAAUGUGUUUGACGAUGCUGACAAAAUUCCAAGCUUUCUCAAACUAUGUGAGAAGAAAAACUGCAGAUAUGGUGGAGUGUGCGUUCGAACUGGAGAUGAAAAUGUGGAAUGCGCAUGCCCAGUGCAAUGCGGAAAUGAGUUCGGAAAUCAGCUGUGUGGCUCUGACGGGACACUUUACCCUAGCCCGUGUCACAUGGAACAACAGGCAUGCGAACAACAACGGAACAUCACGCGCGCCGAUUACCGCGCAUGUGAGCCAUAUGAGACUUUCUGUGAGGAAAACACGGCACCAUCUUGGAGCUCAUGGUCAAUAUGGCUACAGUCAGGAAGUACGGACUUCCGGAUCCGGUAUUGCAAGGUCGGGAGCAGUGUUGCUGAAUCACACGCUAACUGUGGGAAUGACAGAAUCGAAGUUCGACCUUGUAAAAAACGAGACGCAAUGCCAUGUAGCUCGGAGUUUGGCGAAGAAAGUCAACAAUUCAACUACGAAUGUGCAGGAACUGACAUGCAAGAUGUGCAGGCAAUAGAUCAACUGUUCGACGGAAAACUCGCCGAUGAGGCGGAGUGUAAGUUCUCACUGUACGAUGCCGGCUUGCAGAAGUUUGUCCAUUCGAACUGGACAUGGAGGACACUAAAGGAAAAAGGCGAUCAGGUUAUCUGGUGCAACCACAGAGCAAUCUUUGUCCCGUUCUCCUCAACACCCAAACAAUGCCAUGACAAACUAGAAAACUUCUGCAAAAAAGAAACCGAAUGUCGACCAAGGAAGAAGGUCAUGAAAAACAAAGGCGACCGAAAACACAAAUGCUGGAAGAAGUUUCUGUUGGACGAGGUAUCUCCCAAAGGUUUUCCAAAUAUCUCUGAGAAAUAUCAUGUGUGCCAACGUUUUGCUCCAGGAACAGAGUUUGCAGACAUUUUUGGACCCAAGUCUACCCAAUUUGCGACAAUUUACGACACGGUUAUGCGAAGUCCUCUUAUGUCAUUCGCACGCUUCAAGGAUCUGGGAGACUCGCUCAGACCUACGCUUCCCUUCAUGCUUGAAAAAGGUCUCCUUCCUUUUGACUACACACUCUUCAGUCUAUUCUUUGAAAAAAAGCGAAAGGGCAUGAUACAGAAAACUGAGACCAAAGAACAGAUCUGUCAAACUGGACUGUACCAGGCGCUGGAGAACGACUACGAGGAGUCCAAGUACCACAUUAUUCACCUCCUUUCCCCGGAUAUUGCCGGUUUCGCAGUCAGUAAAAGGAUCGCCACAUAUACCAUGACUAACACGCUCCCAAUUCACAUCUCCCUGUACACUGCAUGGAACCAGGCCGUACAGAACGUCCGCCAUUUUGCAAUCGACCACUGCAGCAUACCUAUUUACUCAGAAAGUGACCAAAACAAGAAACGGCGGCAGUCUCAUGACUAUCCGGAAGUGUAUGUUAUAGCUGGGGCGGUUUCAUCGACUAAUCCGGAAGUGCGGUUGAACAAACGUGUCAACAUUCCAUAUUUGAUAUGGAUGGCUGCCUGCUGUGUUCGUGGAGCAGAAACUUCAUCGUUUUCUGUGUACGUACGGAAUGAGAUCAACAGCCCCAUCAUUGUUGCCCCUGUAGUUCAGCUUGAAGUCUUGCUGUCUGACCUGUAUAAUGAUGGUGAACAAAGCUCCGUGAAAUUAUUCCCGGCCUUCGAGGGUGUGUGUUCAAACAUUCAACAUGACGUGUCACAGGUGAUCAGUGCUUAGAAGGUGACACGAGUGCAUUCGAAAAAUCACACUUUACGUCAACAAUUUAAAUGAACUCUGAAUACUGUCAUUAGACUUAACAAAAACAGAAUGUGCACUUGCGUGCAUGCUGAUGCAUGUGGGAUUUCGGUGAGAUGCGCAAUGUGACUUAGGAUGUGCAAGGACAAAAAUGGUUAUAAGAUACGAAUAACAAAACGACUUUGUCGAGUAUCGAAUUCAUGAGCGACUGAACACAGGUACAUAUACUCGAUAAACUGCAAUCAAAUUGCAUUACAUUUCAAACUUCGAUACAGGUGAUAGAGCAGCAUAGCUAUCACGAUCCAGUAUAGAUGAAUCUCUACAAAAACAACAAAUCUACAAAAGUUUGAAAUCCACCUCAUUGGACUUUUAAGCAUGGUAAUAAUCAGCUGUAUUAGAUGUUUUCGUCGAGUUAAAGGAUUUUGCUGCGAAUUCUUCACUGCAUGACUCGGUCAGUCUCUGUAUAUACUGUGUUAUAUAGGAAAUCAUAUGAUGACGAAUACAUUCGAAUUCACACUGUAGAGUAUCCAAUACCAUUAUCUACAUGUAGUUAUCAUGGUAGAUAUAUAUAUCUACACUUUCACCAUGAUCGGAUAUUCGACAGUACAACUACUGCCAUAUAUCGGAGAUACCACACAUCACGCAGCCAACAGUAUCAUGUCCCGCAUCUGUUCCAGUUCACUGAUUGAACAGUUAUCACAGAAUAAUCAUUUGUGUUGACACAAUCUUUGUCGAAAGCAAUACUAUUACAUUUCAUGGAUGGGGAUUAGCGGGAAGUCCUCUGUAUGUAAUAUAUAUAUAUACAUUAGUGAAGUGUUUGUUCAUAAGACAAAUGAAACGUUUGUAUUGUACAUAUGAUAUAUAAAUCUGACUAGAUGUUUUGCUGGUAUGGGUAGUUAAAAAGAAAAUUUGUUUGCAGAGUUUGCUGGAAAAUGUUUCACCACGAGAAACUUUCACAGAUAACUGGUGAUAUGGUAACAAUAUGUGUAGAUAAGAAAUGCUUUAUAUAAUUUAAAUGGUGUCGUUAGCGCCACCUAGAGGUUGUAUUAAAGUGGAGUUACCCCCGUGACUUACGUAUCGUUACAACUGAUGGGUGAACUAGUAUACUGUUUCGACUCAGUACAAGGACACAGUGAACGAGUUACAGUCUAAUGGGUUUCAAUUAACCAGGAUGUUAACAUCCUAAUAGCAACACACCGUCACGUUAAGUGUCAAAGUAAGAACACCAACAGCGAGUUUUGUCAAUCACGUAAGUUUGCAAUUAAUAUAUACUAUACAUCAUGUAUACGUAUUAUCUUGCGGAGUAUAUUGAUGGGAUUGGUUCAAAAAUAUCUAUGAUUGCAUUGUAGUAUAUCCGGGAUUAAAUACUCAAGACUUUGUCGGUGUAAAUAUGAUGGGCAAAUAUCUGUUGAUGAGCCAUGGUACAUGUAUACAGCGUAGAGCUGUUCACGAUGUGUUGUAGAAACAAAAUAUGUGUAGAAAAGGUCUCGUACAUCAUUGGUAGAUGAUACGACUGUGUCACGUCCCGAGGAUGAAAGGGGAAGACAAGAGGAGCGACAAAGCAGGAAAAGAUCCGAAUGGAGGACGUGAGAUAAGCUGAUUUCGACGGGUGUCGUCGGUGACGCUGCUGACACUUACCCUUCCGGAACGACUGGGACGUAUUGAUGAACCCGUACUCAUGCUCCAAUACAGGCUCAGGCUCAAAUAGUUUUAAUGUUGGCUUUGAUAUUUUAAUUUAUACAUUUUCGGAAAUACUAAAAUGAAGUAUUGUUGUCAAUGCUUAGUGUG